GCCUCCUCCUAUGGCCUCCCUCCUGCAGACUCCCUCCUGCGGCCUCCCUCCUGUGGCCUCCUCCUGUGGCCUCUUCCUGCAGGCUCUCUCCUGCGGCCUCCUCCUGAGGCCUCCUCCUGUGGCCUCCCCCUGUGGCCUCCCCCUGCGGCCUCCCCCUGUGGCCUCCCUCCUGCGGCCUCCUCCUGCGGCCUCCUUCCUUCGGGCUCCCUCCUGCGGCCUCCUCCUGCAGACUCCCUCCUGCGGCCUCCCUCCUGUGGCCUCUUCCUGCAGGCUCUCUCCUGCGGCCUCCUCCUGCGGCCUCCUUCCUUCGGGCUCCCUCCUGCGUCCUCCUCCUGCAGACUCCCUCCUGCGGCCUCCCUCCUGCGGCCUCCCUCCUGUGGCCUCUUCCUGCAGGCUCUCUCCUGUGGCCUCCCCCUGUGGCCUCCUCCUGUGGCCUCCCCCUGUGGCCUCCUCCUGCAGGCUCUCUCCUGCGGCCUCCCCCUGCGGCCUCCUCCUGUGGCCUCCCCCUGUGGCCUCCUCCUGUGACCUCCCGCUGUGGCCUCCUCCUGCGACCUCCCCCUGUGGCCUCCUCCUGCAACCUCCCCCUGUGGCCUCCUCCUGCGGCCUCCCCCUGCGGCCUUCUCCUGCAGGCUCUCUCCUGCGUCCUCCCCCUGCGUCCUCCCCCUGUGGCCUCCCCCUGCGGCCUGCCUCCUAUGGCCUCCUCCUGUGGCCUCCCCCUGUGGCCUCCUCCUGCAGGUUCUCUCCUGUGGCCUCCCCCUGCAUCCUCCUCCUGUGGCCUCCCCCUGCGUCCUCCCCCUGUGGCCUCCCCCUGUGGCCUCCUCCUGUGGCCUCCCCCUGUGGCCUCCCCCCGCAUCCUCCCCCUGCGUCCUCCCCCUGUGGCCUCCCCCUGCGGCCUCCCCCUGCGGCCUUCCCCUGUGGCCUCCCCCUGCGGCCUCCCCCUCUGGCCUCCCUCCUAUGGCCUCCUGUGGCCUCCCCCUGUGGCCUUCUCCUGUGGCCUCCCUCCUGUGGCCUCUUCCUGCAGGCUCUCUCCUGUGGCCUCCUCCUGCGGCCUCCCCCUGCGGCCUCCCCCUCCUCCCCCUGUGGCCUUCCCCUGCAGGCUGCCUGCCCAGCUGGUUCUAGUGCUGCUGUCCUGAAGGGCGAUGUGGGCUCUGCCCAGCCUCCAGGGAUCGUUAGCCAUCAGACCACAGCUGACAGCCCCACUCCCCGGGGAGCCUGCACUUCGUCACUCACCGGAGGCAGCUCCCCUAACUCCCUUCUCGCGGGCGGGUUUGUUCGGAACGGCCGAGGCUGUGCCGAAUCCAGGAGGACGGACGGCAUCCCCCACAGCAUCUGCAGCUCCUCGUGA